AUGGCCGACUCACCCUCCUCCUCCGGGUCGUCCGACUACGAAGACGCCCAUGACGGCGCCGCUAAGCCUAGCCCCGACAAACCACACGAGUACCGCCUCCGUGUCACCGCCGGCCCAGCCUACGAUGCCUCAACUCACCACCCUGUCAAAGUCAACUCCUCCGAGCGCUCCACUAUUGACACUCCCUCCAUGACAGUAGAGUAUGCAAUCCGCAUAAAACACUUCACCGGCCUGCCCGCCUCCAACGAGACCUCACCCUACUUCGAGCACCAUCUACACACCUCCGAUCAGUACUCGAUCUCUCUCGCCUUUAUUCCAAAAGUCGACAUCCCCGGGUCUGACCUCGUCUUUGGGAACGACUUCGACCGGCCCAUCCGCGACCGCUUGCCGCCGGGCUUCAACCAGGCCUUCAAAUUCGUAAAAUGGUGGAUCGACCCAGGGCUAGAGGGUGACGUCUACGCGGACAAGCCCUACCUCUACGGUCCCGCCCUCUCCAGUUGGAACACGCUGAGGAUCUGCGAUCCCAUCGAGCCCACAGACAAACCAGAAAAAUACGCCGUGCCUGACCCAGAGAAGUUCCACGGAGAUGUCGUGGAAGAAGGCGCAUCCUCAGACGCAGCGAAAGAGUACCGUACAUCGCUCGGUGUGCCAGACGACAGCGCAGCACGGAAGAAAUACUUCCUUACAGAGGCGCAUCGCGAGUCGUUCACGUUCGAGAAGGGCAGGUUAUACCAGGCGGACUUCUUCAAUCCGUAUCUUGACUUCAAUGACUUUUCGUUGAAGUUGCCGGGGUUUAGUUUGAAUGUGAUCAAGUAUGUGGAUGCGAAGACGCAUGAGUUGAGGUAUGUGUUAAAAAACAAGAAGACGGAUGAAUUGUACAUUGCGAUCAUGUUUACGUUGUUGUGGGGUGAGGAGGAGGCGAAGGAGGCGGAGAGGCUGGGUGAUGGUCAUAAGGGUGGUGAGGACAAGGGUCAAGUGGACGAGGUGACGAAGAAGACAGAGGCGCUGAAGGUUGGGGAGAGCAGUAAGAAAAAGGAGGAGGAGGACGACAUUGAUGCGGGCUUUGACGAUGAUGUGGACUAA